AGCUUCGGCGUCUGAUAUUCGAUCAUUAUGGUGAUUCUUGUAUAUACACCUCCUGAGCCCUACCUCUUAGCGCACUCUCCAAGUGGGGUCGCCAACCAACUCCAUUGAUACUACAUAAACGCAUCUAAAACCCCAGUUUACCCUACUCCAUACGAUCUAGAUUCUAUACACCAACUUACGCAUUAUAACAUACCCAAUACUCGGACCACAUAAAUCACACUCCUCAAUCUAAACUCCAAAAUGUCUACUUCACCGCCACCAACUACAAUCACAACAACUACCACCGCCACAUCAAACACUACAGAACCAACCCAAUCAACCACCCCAGAAUCAACCGAACAACGCACCUCCGAGGCCAAAACAGCCUUCGAAGCCUCCCUUCGCUCCGUCGGCGCAAACUACGAAACCGCACUCCGCGACCGAGCCCGCACCCUCCACGAGAACUCCACCGUGCUGGACAAGCAAGAGGCCGACGUGCGGCGGGCGACGGAGCAGCUCGCCAAGCAGAAUGAUCAGCUUGCCAAGGUGGCGGAUCAGGCGAGGGACGGGUUGAAGGAGAUCGGGGAUGUCCAGAACUGGGCGGAGCUGAUUGAGCGGGAUUUGUUGAUUGUCGAGGAGACGGUGAGACUGGCGGAGGAAGAGGAAGCGAGGAAUCAUCAUGGGAAUGGGAAUGUGAAUAGGUAUGGGGAGGAUGGGGCGUUAGAGGGGAAUGGGAGGGUUAAUGGGUUUGGGGAGCAGGCUGGCAAUGGGGAUAAGGAUGGGAAGAAGGGGAAGGGCUGGUUUCAGUGGUGGUGAUUGUUCGAUGGCUUCUUCUGCGCGAUGGGUUAGGGUUGAUGAUAUGAUGAUGUGCCAUUGGGUAUAAGUAGCAUUCUUG